CAUAUCCAUUAAUCUGACCAGUUUUUUUUUUGUUUUUGUUAAAGCUAUGUGAAAACCGUGAUGGAAAACGUAGGAGUCUAGUCACCAAAAUCCAAGCAAAAUUCCAAAAAUCCUCUAGUUCUUAUCUACUAUGCCAGAAUUCUAAAUAAAAAAUAUAAUAAAAUAUAAUAAUAUUACAAGAAAAAGACUAUUAACUUUGUUCUUUAAAUCUCUCGACUUGAACUGCGUCCCUUCGCCACAAUCAACUGAUUUUUCAGACCUCAUCUGUUUCUCUAUCUCUCUCUAUCUUUCACACACACUACACACACAUGGCUCGCUCUCUUCUUUUCUUGCUAUUGCUUCCUCUGAUUCUCCUAAUGUCGAAAGCCGAGGCGCUCUCCAACAGUCCCAUCUUGCCCAAAGCUGCGAUCUUUCCGGUUUCGAAGGAUUCCUCAACUCUUCAAUACGUCGCUCAUGUUUCCAUGGGUGAAAAUCUUGAUUCCCUCAAUCUCGUGGUUGAUCUCAAUGGCCCUUUUGUGUGGAUGGCAUCUGGGCUCAAAUCUGCCUCUGAUUCUCAGCAGCCCAUCAAGAGUUGCUCGCUCAAGUGCUCCAUGGCUAAGUCGACUAGGGGUGGUGGAGCAGAGUACAACUCCAAGACCAAGAGUUGUACCUUGCUGGCAGAGAACACAAUUUCAAGAAUUUCUGCAUCUGGAGAUCUGAGUGAGGAUGUGAUGGCUAUGGAGUUCUGGGAUGGGAUUGGGUCUUCUUCAUUUGCCAAGAGUGAGAAAUUCUUGCUUUUAUCUUCCCCAAAUUUGUUGCUCAAGGGCUUAGCUCAUGAGGCUAGAGGGGUGCUAGGGUUGGGAGAUUCAAGAAUCUCACUCCCAUCACAAUUCUCCACCACAUUUGGAUUCUUUGAGAGGAAAUUCUCACUGUGUUUGUCCCCUCAAAAGGGUGCACUUUUCCUAGGUGGGAACCCUCUUGAGAGCUCAAUGAUGUUCACUCCUCUAAUCUCCAAGAAAAGUGGGGGUGAUCAAGAAGGUUAUUACAUUGAUGUGAGUUCAAUUAAGGUUUCUGGCAAGAAACUCCCUUUGCAUCAAAAAGGGAUUAUUCUUGGUGCCAAAAUCAGCACCAUUGUUCCUUACACUACAUUUGAGAGCAAGAUUUAUGAUGCAUUUGUUGAGUCCUAUGUUGGUGCUGCCAUCUCCAUGAAUUUGAGCCUAGUGCAAUCUGUGGCUCCAUUUGAAGUGUGUUUCAGCUCAAGAGAUGGUGAGAAUGUUCCAAUUGUUGAUCUUGUUUUGCAGAGUGAGCUGGUGAAGUGGAGGAUUCAUGGUGAGAAGUCAAUGGUGGUGGUGAGUGAUGAAGUGAUGUGUUUGGGAUUCUUGGAUGGUGGUCUGAAUCCUAGGGAUUCAAUUGUUGUUGGUGGGCAUCAGAUUGAGGAUCAUCUGCUUGAGUUCAACUUGGGAAACUCCAUGCUUGGAUUUGCUUCAUUGUUGAAGGGAGACAAGAAGUGCUCUGAUUUUGAAGCAUCUUCAAUGGAUGGGGAGAUCUUGUGAUGCCUUUGUUGAGGAGAGGGAACUAAUUUUUGAUUGAAUCCUCAAUUUGUAUAGUUGGGGGAUUCUAGUUUCUAAUCUUAUAAUGUUUUUCUUUUCCUUUUUUUUUUCCUUCGUUUUAUCUCUGUAGAUUUUUUUUUGUUUUUUUUUUCUGAUGUAACAAGUUUUCUGGAUGAAGUAUGAUAAUUAUCGAGGGUUGUGGAGAA